AUGAAGAGGUAUUUUAUUUUUUUAUUUUUAUUUUCUUUGUUUUUCUUAACAAAUGGAUCAGUUAGAAUCCCAAAUGUUAAUGAAGCAUCAGUUAAAAUGAAUGAUAAUAAAUUAUAUUUAAAAGGUUAUAAUUUAAAUUUAACUAAAUUUAGUGAUACUACCAAUGAAUUAUUAGUUAAUACAAAUGAUGGAUAUGUUGAUUUAAAUAAUACUGAUAUUAAUACUUUUGGAUAUUUUUUAUUAAAAUCCAAUGUUACUCAACCAUUUUCCAUUGAAUUGGUUGGAUAUUUUAAUCAGACUAUAAAUGUUUUCAUUUUAACAUGUAUGAAACCAAAUUGUAGUGGUAAUGGAAUUUGUUUACCUGAAACAAUUGAAUGUAAAUGUGAACAAGGUUGGGGUGGUUCAGACUGUUCAAUAGAUUUAACAUAUCAAUGUGUUAAUAAUUGUAGUGGUAAUGGAGUUUGUUCAAUUGAUAUGACUUGUAAUUGUAAUAAAGAUUACACUGGUGUAUCUUGUAAUCAAUAUUCACCAGAUAUCGGGUUAUCAAUGACAAUGAAUAAAAGUUUAACUCAACCUUCAAUUACAAUGGGUUCAUUCUCAACAAAUUCAAAAAACACUUCAUUGGAAUUAAACGAUUAUACAAAGUCAUCGGAAUAUUCAAUUCUAAUACCAUACAUUCAAGAAAUCGAUUUCAAUGGUGAAUUAGUUAAAAAUUAUACAUUCUCCAAUUCAAAUGAUUGGCAAUUAGUUGAAAGUACUAAAAAUUCAACAACUGGUGGCAGUAUUACAAUUUAUCAAACUCAAUUAUCAGCAGGUUCAAAUGUAACUGUAUCAAUUGAGUUGAUAAAAAUCUCAACAACAAGAGAGUGGGCAGGUCAAUUAAUGACACUUCCUGAUCACUCAAUUAAAUAUUCAGUAAGAAUUGAAAAUUAUACAUUUGUUUCAAAUUUAAAUAAUUUACAAUUGAUUUAUCAAGCAUCGCCAAAUUCGAAAUUAUCAACAGAAUGUGAAAUUAAACAAUCAAUUGCAUGGGGCGCAAAGAAAUCAACAGAUAUGCAUUGGGUAACAUUACCAAAUAAUCAAGUAUCAUUGUAUGGUAAAUUCUCAAAUUAUCUAAUCGCUGAUGGUAGAAUUGUUUCAACUUCAAAUGAAGGUUUAGAAUUUGGUACAACAAUUCAAGUUAAAGUUAAUAUACCUUUUUUUAAAGAAUAUAUAGAAUUAGAUCCAGAUUUUUCAGUUUUGGUAAAUUCUGGAAAUAUGAAUAAUGAACAAUAUGAUGAAUGUGGUAUUUUAAUUAAAAAAAAUAAUGAUAAUAGAAAAUGGGUUAUACCAGUUGCUGUAGUUGUUUCAGUUGUUGGUGCUGCUAUCAUUGUCGCAUUAUUAAUGUCUUUAUUUUAUACUAAAAAUACAAAUGUUAGAACUAAAAUCUUAUCUUUUAAAUAUAAAUUAAAAAGAAAUAAUAAAAAUAAUAGUAUAAAAAUUUUUAAACUUCGAAAUAACUGUUUCAAAAAUGUGAGGUUUUUGUGUUGGUCAAAAAAAAAAAAAAAAAUUGAUAACUUUUUUUUUUUCUUUUUUUUUUUUUUUUUUGAUAUUUUUGAUUUGCUAAUAUCAGUUAAAUUGUAG